GGUGUUGUUGCUCGUGAAAUUGCUCCAGUGGGCUCACCUCGAGGCCUAAACCUGGAUGCCCAUAGAGAGGUGCGGAAGACUUGUGUCCAUCCGUCUCUUUCCUUUAUUCAGUUCGCGGUCGUUGAUCUAUCAAACGUCUUUGCCUUCGUCUAAAAAAAAAAAGAGAAAUGUCAAAACCCAAAACUGCUGAGUAAAUUUACAGCUUAUAAAGAAUAUUUCACAUUUAUAAAUUAUCAUAUAGAAUAAAAUAUACAUAACUCUUCUUGCAUUGUUUAAUAUUUGAUUUAUAAACAACAAAAUGGAGCUUUCUGCAGAGGGUAAAACACCUGAAUAUAUGGCUUUAGCAGGUAUUAAGUUUAAACUCUCUUUACCACAAUUGAGUGAUAAUGUUCAGCUGAAAGAAGAACUUCUCCAAGGAAUUAAAAAUGGAAAUAUGGCUCCUUAUUAUAAAGAAGUCUGUACUGAUCUUGGAUGGCCAUUGGACCAAAAAUUAUAUGAUGAGAUGGCAAAACAAAACCAAGAGAGGUUAGCAAAGUUUGAAGAGGAUGACUCUGAGACUCCAGUGUGGCAAGACAGAUUGGACUACCUUUGCUCAAUCGGUGACAAAGAAGCUGCUAUCACAUUAGCCACUACCAAGUAUGAGGAUUCUACAUUGACUACUAAUAGAAGGCUGGAUGCAAUAUUUGCACUCUUUAGGAUUGCUUACUUUCAUGGUUGUAAUGUUAAAGACAUGGGAAAGGCUGUUACUAAGGCUCAUGAAUUAGUAGACAAAGGUGGAGACUGGCGUUCAAGAAAUAAGUUGAAGGCAUAUGAGGCGAUUUAUUGCUUAGCUGUCAGAGAUUACAGUCAUGCUGCAGAGCUCUUCAUUGAUUGUGUGUCCACUUUUGAGUCUUACGAGUUGGUUGACUUUGGAACUAUCAUUCAGUACUGUGUAUUAGCUUGUGCAUUGGCAUUGGAACGCCAUGCCUUGCAAGCAGCUCUUCGGCGGCAAGGUGCCGCUGUACAGGCUCUACGUUCCAGAUUUCCUGAACUAAGAGAGCUGGUUGAGUCUCUGCAUGAAUGUCGUUAUGCUGAUUUUAUGAAGAGUCUUGCUUGGGUUGAGACCCAAAUCUGUGUGGACCCCGUAUUUAGGCCUCACUAUCAGCAUUAUGUGCGUGAGGCGCGUAUCAAGGCUUAUGUUCAAUUAUUACGCGCUUAUCGUUCGCUCAGCCUGGACAACAUCGCCGAUACCUUUGGUGUAACUCGGGAAUUUGUUGAAGAGGAAAUAUCCACUUUCACGGCAGCGGGGCGGCUACAGUGCCGUAUCGACGCAGUAGCAGGCUGCGUAGUGACCGGUGCGGGUCGUGGUGCCGACGCGGACCGUUCCCAGUUGUACCAGGCCACCAUCCGCGAGGGCGACUUGUUGCUCAACCGAGUCAAGAAGCUGGCCAGCGUCAUCAAUUUCUAACUUCAACAUUCAGUAGGUUUAAUGACUGAUUUACUCAUUCACUACUUUAGUAGCUACAUGCUUACAUUCCAUUUCCACCAUGGUUAAUGUAUAAGAUUUUACAUGUAACAGAGGUUGUAUCACUUCAAUGUACACUAAAUGUGUGUGGUACAAGUGUAGAAUAUUAGUACAAAUACAAAUGUCAUGCACAAUGUGUGUAUGACUUCUAUAAUAACUUCUAUAUGGGUGGAAAUGGGGAUAAUGUGUUCUGGUAGCUGCCUCUUACUUUAAACAGUUCUAACACUUUCAAUACAGUAUAUUAGUUUGUCUAAGUACUUAGAGACAUAAUAGUUUAACUCUCAUUUCAAUUUCUAUUACUAUUAUAUUUUAGGGAGCUAAAUAUAUAACAGUUUGUAAUAAUACUUUUUUAU